AUGACUUUUGAGGAAGUUGCCAUCCAGAUGCCCGCCGAGAGAGCCCCGUGUGCCGGGAGCGCCCUGGAGGAGGUCCUGGUCUCCGCCAAGGAGAACGACUGCCUCACCAUGGGCGUCUACGAAUCUGCAAAAGUGAUGAAUCUAGAUCCAGACAGUGUUUCCUUCUGCGUCCUGGCGAUGGAUGAAGAGUUCGAGUGUGACAUCGCUCUGCAGAUCCACUUCACCCUCAUCCAGGCUUUCUGCUUCGAUAACGACAUCAGCAUUGUCAGAGUGAACGAUAUGCAACGCCUGAAUGAGCUGGUUGGAGACAAAUCCAGCCAGUCCGAAGACCCUCAUUGCAUUCUGAUCACGACUUCUGCUGAUGGUUCUUGGGAGGACCCGUCUCUGGAGAAGCUGCACAUGUUCUGUGAAGAAAGCCGGCGCUCCAACGACUGGCUCCCAGAGAUCAUCCUGCCCGCUCGUUGAUCUGACCCCGGGUCUCACUUCUGGCUGUAACCCUUAAAGCAAAUCCAUUCAUCUUUUAAACAAGGAUGAUGAUGAUGAUGCUUCAUCCCUGGAUGCUCCUGAGGAGGCUAACCGGUCCAGGCAGCGCGAGGCAGGCCCGAGCGGCCCCUCGCGGUCUCGUCGCUUCUCGUCCCGUCCAUGCCAAGAUGGUCCUCCUUCUUUAUGUGAACGAGGCCAGGCAUGCCACGAGAGCGACCCAGCGGCCCUCAUUCUUUGUGCGGAUGAGGUUUGGAGAGGAAGGAUAAAAGCGAGUUUGUGUUUGUCUACAACGCAGACUUCGCCAGUGCGUCAGACACGCAGAGGACGCGGCGGUGCGUCAGAGCGGCGUUCGGACGGAAAACGGACUCUUGACAUCUAGGACGUUUUUCAGAAAGAACGUGAUUGCUGCACGACAUAACGUAGCUUAUCGUCGGCAAUGUGCUUUCCACUUUCCAGAGUUGUCUUAUUCUCUAAAGGUUUAACUUUAGAAAGAUUUUAUGGCAAAUUCUAAAGGUUUCACUUUAGAAAUAUUAAUAUGAUUAAAAAAACAAAACAAAAAUAUGACUAACUUUAAUGUAACUUCUGUUUUAACUAAUGUAUUUAAAACUAAUAAAAAACAUUGAAAUGUAAAA